CACUAUGCAGCACUUUACCCAUCCAAGCCAUUUAUUAUACAAGGUAAAUUACGACCAAGAAUACUUGUGUAAUGGAUGCAAUACUAAAGGAGCUCGCACAAGAUAUCGAUGCAAUUUGUGUGAUUUUGAUCUGCAUGAAUACUGUGCCACCUGCCCCACGGCUCUCUCCUCUUUCAUGCAUCCACAACACCAACUCGACCUCCUUGUCCGCACGCCAGAAGACUCUCUCCAGAACCCAUCUCGUUUCUGCCAUGUGUGUCGCGAAAACAUCGGAGCCCUCUUCUAUAGGUGCAACUACUGUGAGUUUAACUUGCAUCCAAUAUGCACCCAGUUCCCUCAGCAACUGCGCCACGUGUUACACCCGGACCACCCGUUGACGCUGCAGCCUUCUUCGUCUGGUUUGUGCAUGGUUUGUAAAAGAGAGUGCAGUUUUUGGCGCUACAGGUGUGGGAUCUGUUGUUUUGAUAUCCAUUUCGAGUGUGUUUCAGCUUCCUGUGGUGCGUCAAAGUCAACGUCUGGGUCAGUCCUGCAAUCAAAUCCUCUUGCAUCGGCAGCACCACCGCCUGGCUAUGGUCCUUAUGGACCUUAUUGUUAUGGUUAUUUUGGUGGCCCUUCUGGGUUCAGUCCGUACUAUAACAUGUAUCAUCAUAAUCAGCAUGGGCAUAUUAAUUAUCUGCCUCACAGUGGUGGUGAGGUUGGUCCAAGACCAAGUGGUGCUCGCAAAAUAAUUUACCAGAUUGUGGCGAGCCUAACUGCUACAGUAAUUGCCGAUAUGGUGUUUGGACUAUAAGGUUUUUUAUUUUCAACAUGAACUCCUAUGGAAUAAUCUGAUUGUAAGAUUUGUUGUGUUUAUUUGAUCAGUUCUCUCUUUCAUAGUCUGAGUGCUGGCAUUCUCUUGAAUAAAUAUCACUUAAUA